CACCAGCCCGAGCUCAGAGUCCACCAGCAAGGAUGACCGCAGCUGUGGCCGCUCACUUCCUCGACGGCGAGGGACAGAAUAAGAGCAGUAAAGUGCUGAGCUUCGGCGGUGAGCCCCAAGUGGACCCCCUGCCCUUCUCCUCCGCCAUGGUUCCCCUGCUGGACAGGAAAGUAGGCGGAGCCUCAGCAAUGGGACUUUAUCAGCGCCGUCAUUCUGUUUCCACUCCUGUCUCCAAAUUCAGCCACAGCCAGCUCUCCUGCAGUCUCAGGAUGGAUCCGCUGGCCCUCCCGAUCGGUGGGAACAACAAGGAGAACCGUUUCCGAGAGCGUUCAUACUCUGAAAAUGGGGAGCGGCUGAAACUAAGCUGCAUCGCAGCCGGCCAGGUCAACUCCAGCCGCUACAAGACUGAGCUUUGCCGGCCGUUUGAAGAGAGCGGCUCGUGCAAGUAUGGCGAUAAGUGCCAGUUUGCUCAUGGGCAGCACGAGCUACGCAGCCUGAGCCGCCACCCCAAGUACAAGACAGAGCUUUGUCGCACUUUUCACACCAUUGGCUUCUGUCCGUAUGGCCCGCGCUGCCACUUCAUCCACAACGCAGAGGAACGGCGCGGACCUCCUCCUCCUCCACUCUCCAGCUUCAAUAAAUUAGAGCGUCCACGGCUCCAGCACAGCUGCAGCUUCGCCGGCUUCCCCAGCUCGGCCGGUUUCCCCCUCAGCCCCACCUCUCACACGCCCCCACCCUUGACCUCCAACGAAGACCUGACCGAGUGGCCCAGGAACCCCUUCACCGUCUCCAGCGAGGAUUUUGGUGGUCUUUUUGGGCCUGGCUUAGCAAGACCUUUGGCCCUGGAGCUGCCCCCACCCUCGCCCACUAUCCCCUCCUUCUUUAGGCCCUCAGAGUCCCCUCCAAGUACAGUGGACUCCCUCUCUGACCAUGAGGGCUACCAGAGCAGCCUCGGCAGCCUCAGUGGAUCAGAGUCUCCGGUGCUGGAUUCCACCCGCAGACUCCCCAUUUUCAGCAGGCUGUCAAUUUCUGAUGAUUAGAGCAAGAUUGGCUGUGUCUCAGAUGACUCCCUCCUUACUAUGUAGUGCACGAUGGCCACUAAAAAGCCAAAUGGUGCACUAUGUACACUAUAGACCCUGUAGUGCGCUGUAUGUCCACCAUAGUGCUCGUAUAGAACACUGUAUGUCCACUGUAGUGCCUGUUUAGUGCAGUGUCCUCUACAAAGCAUGUGUAGUUCACUAUGUCCACUAUAGUGCCUGUAUAGUGCACUAUAUUUCAUUUUAGUGCCUUUAUAAUGGAAUGUAUGUCCUCUAUAGUGCUCGUAUAGUUCACUGUAUCCUCUAUAAAGCCUGUCUUGUUCACUAUUCUACUGUAGAGCCCAAAUAGUGCACUAUAUGUCCACUAUAGUGCCAGUAUAGAGAACUGCAUGUCCACCAUAGUGCCUGUGUAGUGCACCAUGUCCUCUGCAAAGCCUGUGUAGUUCACUAUUCCACUGUAAAGCCUGUAUAGGGCAAUAAAUGUCCACUACAGUCUGCACAGUGCACUUCAUGUAUGCUGCAGAGCCCAAAGAGUGCACAAUAAGUCAACUGUAGUGUCUAUAGUGCACUUUAUAUACACUAAAGAGCCUGUGUAGUGCACUAUAUGCCCACGCUAUGGCCUGUAUAGUGAGUGAAGGAGAAAUUUGAGAUUUAGCCAAAGUUAGUGAAAGCAGAGAAAGAGUGAUAUCCUCCCUCCAUCCUUCCCCUCCUCUCACAGAGUUGUUUACAGUAGAGAAGUGGACGGAGAAGUGCAGUGUUUUUAUAGCCACUGAUUCAAAAAUUCCUGAAUUCCCUCAGUUGCACCGAUUACCACCUCACAGACCCAACAGUGCUCUCGUCCUCUAAAGGACAGUAUGUAACUGAGGUUGCUACAUAUGUUAAUAUCAAAAGCUACUCACUCUUUUUUGAUAUGAUCAGCCAAAAUACAGAACUGCACUGCUCGUUAAAGGUUUUGGAGCAGCUGGAUUUUCAAAAUGGUCCUGUUUACUUUGUCGGUUUCACGUAGUGCAACAUAUUUAAAUAGGAAUAUAUUUAGAUUUUGCCAAAAUUAAGAAAAAAGCCAAAGGCCAUGCCUAUUUUAUCAUUGUGUCAUGAUGUCACCUCAAAUCUUUCAGGUGUUUAAAUCACAUUUGCACCAACAAUAACAGCAAGAAAAUUCAAAUAACAAAAUUCUGUGUUAAAAAAAUCUGAUAAUGCAAAUUUCAGAAUUUUCAGUUUUAAAGAAAUCACAAAAUUCAAAUUCCAGAACUUCUGGUUUUAGAAAAAUAUGCAAAUUUAUAUUUCAGAAUUCCCAGCAAUAGUAAUUUUUAAAACUUCAAAGGUCUGCCUUUCAGAGGUUUGGAAUGUUUAUGAUGUCAGGGUCCAAAAGUAUAAGGAGAUAAUUUGUGCCCCAGUGUUGUAGCAGAGCUGUCCAUCAGUGCUGACAGUUCACAGAAGAGCCUUGGGAGCGGUCAGCUUCCCCACAUCACUGACCUCAGCUUCGUCACCGUUAUUAACAACCCAAACAGUGACUGGCCAACACGCAAAGUGCCUGAUUUUUGUGCUACGCUUAUUUGUUCAUAAUUUAAAAUAAGUGUAAUGGUGCUACAUCCACUGUCACCAUGGUAACAGUCCCGAGAACAUGUGACGCCAUCUGCUAGACUUCAGCUCCUAAAGAGAGACGAGAAGUUCCAGUUCUGUUGAUUCCUGCUUUAUCGGCGUGUCAAUUUCCUGCAAUCAGUUGGGCUCAGCGCUCAUUAAUUCCACGUAUUAGUGUUAAUAUCAGUACUACAGCAUUUGUUAUUAUUGUGCAUACAUAUAUAAUAUUGUUGGAAUGUCUCGCUCAUCACUGCUUAUUUAACUUAUCAAAAUGUAUUUAUUGCUGAUUGUAAGCGUUUGUUUUUUUUUAUUUAUCUGAAUAAUGAAAGCAGAAUAUAUUUUCUUUAUGUUAAAUUAUGAUCUUCCGUAUUAAUCAUUAAGUUUGUAAAGACCUUUUUUAAGUUUCCACAGUUAAUAUAUUAUAUUGCGACACAUUGUUGAAAUUUAAUUUAAAGAAAAGUGCAAAAUGUUUGUGUUUUAUUUAUUGUUCUCCUCCCUGGUGUUGGACUGCAGUUUCAGGUUGUGUCCAGAUUGAAUGAUCGUGCAGAAUGUCAUCGCAUUCCUGUAGCCGCGUGAACUGCAGUGUUUUGACUGGGAGCCUCAGAGCAGGGCUUGGCGAUAUGACACCAUAUAGUUAUUGUGAUAAAUUAUUGCACAGUAUGCUUUUCUGGACAUGCUGUGUGUAUCUUCAGUACUUGUAGACACUGACCAACUGCAUGAUCCAUUGGCAAAAUUAGUUCAUUUAACUGGAUUUAGUGACAAAUAUUGAAUGAAAAUAACUGUGAUCCCAGUUUUGGAUAGUAUUUAAGUUUUGGUCAAGCUGGUCAGAUGUUUAAAAAAUUGUUUGAAGUAUCACAAUAUGAUAUUUUUGCCAUGUCGCCCAGCUCUACCUCAAAGUGCACUUUUUUUUUUCCCUCAUAUUUGGCCAGAACAAAUCACCAUUAUCCGUAUUAUCCCAAUCACGCUUGAGUCCUCGGAGCUUUAACCAGCUGCAAUUGGACGUUUGCGUCUAAAUUAGACGUUUAAUGAGGGAAAUGCAGUAAACGUUCCUGUGUUUAUUCCGAGGCAGUGCUUUUUUUGUGUCAGCUAUUCAGGGGCCUUAAUUCCGUAACUGCCUCAUGUUUGAUUUUUUUGACUCAGAGGUGAUUCUGUUGUAAUUUGUUUGUCUUCACAUUUCGGACCAGCAUGUUUACUGUACUCUUAACCCUCCUGUUAUGUUUAAAUGGGUCAGACUGACCUGAUGCGUGUUUACUCAUCUGAGAGUGGAUUGAAAAUAUAUUUUUCUUCAUAAACACUGUCUUUAGCUCAGCUAGUAUCAGUUUAAUCAACAUUUGGUGUAAUCAAGUCUUUAAUGUCUUGGAGAUCAUGCUGUACUUAGAUAAUUCACUCAGUUUUCAAGUAAAAAGAGAAAUCUUAACUUUUUUCUGUACAUCAGCAAUAAUUAGACAUUCUUAUUUAGACUUUUUCAACAUUUUUUGGCGUAUUUUCUGUCAUUUUGUUGAUUUAAUAUAAACGAAACGGCUCAUGUUUUCAACUGAAAUCACACUGAAUGAGCUGUAAGUCCAGUCGAAAAAUAUUUCAUAACAGGAAAAAUAUCUUAAUCAUUUAUUUUUAAACUUCAUCAAUUUGACCACAACAUAAUAGGAGGGUUAAAAAUAUGAUCUUUAGUAAGAAAAUGGUUCUAUAUAGAACUAAUAGUUCUAUGCUUAAAGGGUUCUGUGCAUCGUGAAAUCAAUCUUCAGAUUGAUGGAGAAUGUGCUGUAUUUGGUUCCAUAUAGCACCUAAAAGGGUUCUGUGGUCAUGUCAUCAACCUUGUAUAUAGUCGCAGAACCCUGGUUAGUGCUAUAUAGAACCCUUUUUGAAACGGCUCCACCGUUUAACAUCAAUAACACCAUAUACCACACGUUCUCCUUCAAUCUGAAAGACCAUUUUACCAUGUAAGGAACCACUUAAGCAUGUAAAUGGUUCUAUAUUGAGCUCAUGGUACCAUUGUCUUUACUAAAAAACCCUUGAAGAACCGUGUUUGUGUACCAUAGCAUUCCAAGUGAGAUUGGAAUAAACUCUGAAGUUAUCAGGAUUGUAACUGUUUAACUGAACGCGUCACUAUUUUAGCCACAGCUCACUACAACAAUCCAUACUGUUGGUUUUGUAACAAUGCACAUUACAGUCUUAUACUAAUAAAAUAUAUAUAUAUAUUUCCAGAAUGAA